AUGGCGGCCAACACCACACAAACGGCACCCUCAACAAACUGGUCUUACAGUGGUUCUUCUGAAAGCCAGGUGCACGAGAAUCCAGAAUGGGAGAAGGCUAGACAAGCUUUAGCCUCUAUUAACAAAAGUCAGACUCAGACCAAGACCACAUCAGCAACUAGGACAACUGAGACAGGGCAGUUUCAAUCAGGAGCAACAGACACUGUGCAACAGCAGCAGUACUAUCAAUGGUACCAACAAAAUCAACAGCAAUAUCCUGGGUAUUCGUACCCCUAUAAUUACUACUAUCCUAUGGCACCGUAUGGUGGAGCAUAUCCUCCAAACCAAUAUAAUGCACCCCAAGGUCAUUUUCCAGGAUCACAAGCCACAAAUGGACAGCCUCCCCCAGUUCCUGGAAUUGAUGAUCAGUCUGCCAGUUUCUCUUCUCAAACCCAGCCUCCCCCUCCUUCCACUCCCCAACCACCCCCAAGUCCCUCUGAAAAACCCCCUCCUCCCCCACCCAUUCCUCCCCCCUCUAACACCCAAUAUCCCCCACCUCCUUCACAGAGUACCUACAAUCCUCCAAACUCCAUGUCAUAUCAACCUUCUGACCAGAUCCAGGUUUACAAUCAUUCACAGGGAAGGCCUGGUUACGGACAGGGUUUUCAGGCUCAGAACAAGUAUCAAGCUCCUGCUGCUCUGCAGCAGCAGUAUGGCCCUGGUGCUGGAAGAGGAGAUGCUAAUAAAGCAAAGAACCAGAACCAAGGGCAGCAACUGUGGCACCGCAUGAAGCAAGCCCCAGGGACAGCUUCUCUUAAAUUCAAUAUUCCCAAAAGGCCAUAUCAAGUUCCGGUCUCUUCAGCAGCCAGUGCAGCACCUGGUGCUCCUCAGCCACGACCACAAGACUGGCCUCAGGCCUUAAAGGAGUAUGUGCAGCGAUGUUUUACAGCCUGUGAGACAGAGGAAGACAAAGAUCGAACUGAGAAAAUGUUGAAAGAGAUUUUGCAAGACAGGCUUAAGGAUGGCUCUGCGUACACCAUAGACUGGACCAGGGAGGAUUUGCCUGAACUUAAAGGUAAAUCUCGCUGGGAGUCUCCGAGGAUGUCUGAGAGUUCUGUUGGUCGCGGUGGAAGCGCAGGAGCUGUCUCCAGAGGAAGAGGACAUCGAUUGGGAAAUUAUAGAAACAUUUUCACUCAGAGAAGUCCCUCGUCUAGUUCUUCUCAUUCCUCCUCCCGCUCACCGUCUCCCUCUCACGGUCGCCGCAGGGAUCGCAGCAACCAAAGGCACAGGAGAAGUGACUCAGGCUCACAGUCGGACAGCAGCAUGUCCAGUGAUCUCCGCCCACAGUUGUCGAGGCGCGGCCAGAAAGGUGCACGUGGCCGCGGUAACAACAGAGAUCGGGGGCGAGGACGAGGGGCAAAAGCUAACAGAGGCAGAAGGAACUUGGACGACACAAGUUCCCCUGUUCCUAAGAAAAAGAAAGGAGGGAAUGCAGGUCUUGACUUCCAUGACCCGAACCGUGAGGCCAAGAAACAGAGUCGAGCUGCACGUUUCCACAAGCAGCUUCGUUCUGAACCCUUGGUGCUCUCCAUCAAUUCCCUGGAGGUGCCUGAUGGCACACAAGAAAACCUCAACUGGGAGGACUGCCCCAUAGUAGGAACGUGUCAGGACAUCACCAAGCAUUAUUUAAGACUGACUUGUGCCCCAGACCCAUCAACUGUCCGUCCUGUUCAGGUCCUAAAAAAGUCUCUUGAAGCUGUAAAACUCCAUUGGAAAAAUAAACAAGAUUACACAUAUGCAUGUGAACAGAUGAAGUCCAUUCGACAGGACCUGACGGUGCAAGGAGUUCGUACAGAGUUCACAGUGGAAGUGUACGAGUGUCAUGCUAGAAUUGCUUUAGAAAAGGGUGACCAUGAAGAGUUCAACCAGUGUCAAACGCAGCUGAAGGCUUUGUAUAAGGAUAAUCCUUCUGAAAAUGUUGGAGAGUUUACAGCUUAUAGACUCAUUUAUUAUAUAUUUACAAAAAAUUCUGGGGACCUCACCACAGAGUUGGUAUACUUGACGCCGGCGCUCAGGGCGGACCCGUGUGUGGCACAUGCACUGUCCCUUCGUGCUGCCUGGGCCUUGGGAAACUAUCAGCGCUUCUUUAAACUCUAUCAACAAGCUCCUCGCAUGGCUUCAUACUUAAUUGACAAAUUUGUUGAGAGGGAACGAAAAGUUGCUCUUCGAGCCAUGGUCAAAACGUUUAGGCCUGAUUUGCCAGUGCAGUAUGUUCAGUCCACUUUAGGCUUUGAUUCUUUAGACUCCUGUAUGGCAUUCCUUACUGGGCUAGGUGUUUCUAUCGCUCCGUAUGACCCCCAAAAAAUAGACUGCAAAGCUAGCACAGCCAUUCUAUCUGCCUUGUGA